CCGCGAUUAAAUCCCGCUGCCUCCAUAAAAGAGGAGCGCUAAGCAGCAGCAUUGCAGAUAGUGCACCACAUCUGCAGCUAGUUUUUCUCCACACGAGACUGUAGACAGAAGAUUAUAUGGGAAGAAGUGGACUAAUAAGCGCUGCUUUACAAGAUUAACAACUGUUAGCAGACCUGUUGGCUGUUAUAUGAAGGAAUAGAGGAUGCUAUGUGCAAAUAAAAAGGAGCACACGAAGAGCAGUGGACACAUGAGGUGCAAACUACAAAGCAAGAGUAUAUAGUUUCCAAGAAGAACCUGGCAGAGUCCUUACCACAAUAUCUUCUUGACCCUUUGUUACUUCAAAUUUCCUUUUUUGGUUGAGGUAACAGAUUGAUUUAUCGCCUGAGUUCAUAGAAUCCACUUCACAGGAUCCUCACAGUGCCCCUCAGAGGGGCGAUGCCCGUCUUGCUAAAUGCCGACGCCUCUUUUAGCUCCAAACAGGAGCUCCUGGACCUGCAGGAUUGUCCUCUCAGCAGGGGGCCCUCUUUGGACACCGCUAGUCCUGUGGAUUCCCAGACAGGCAGCCCCAUAGGCUCUGCUCCCAGAAACCCUGAGAGUCCCAUAACUAAUGAGCCACUUAUUUUUACCAGGGCGUCGACACUCCCUGGGCCAAUAUAUGGGGGGGAAAUAAGACCUAAUGCAGAGAUUGGGCUAAAGUUAAUCAAUACUAACACAGAUCAGCUGUGCGGCUGGGGAGCUCUGACCCCCAAAAGCAUCCAAGUUUUCAACACUCCUCGGUGGGUGUUGUUCUUCCUUUGUGUGGCCUCUUUCCUCCAGGGGAUGAUAAUAAAUGGCUUCAUUAACACGGUGAUCACCUCAAUCGAGCGACGCUUUGAUCUGCGCAGCUACCAGGCUGGCCUCAUCGCCAGUUCCUAUGACAUUGCUGCAUGUGUCUGCCUGGCCUUCGUCAGUUAUUUCGGCGGUACAGGUCACAAGCCCCGUUGGCUGGGAUGGGGAGUACUUAUAAUGGCACUGGGUUCUCUGAUGUUUGCCUUGCCUCACUUUACUACACCUCCCUACCAGGUCAGUUUACCCGAGCAAACAGGAAUGUGCUCUGCUAACCGUACCAGCCCGUGCCAGAACAAAGAGGCAGGAGGACUGUCCAGCUAUCGCUUUGUGUUCAUGCUUGGUCAGUUUCUGCAUGGUAUGGGUGCUACGCCUCUCUACACAUUAGGGGUCACAUACCUGGAUGAGAAUGUCAACUCCAACUAUGCGCCAGUUUAUAUAGGGAUCUUCUACACAGCAGCCAUUGUGGGUCCAGCAGCCGGUUACCUGCUGGGAGGUUACUUCCUCAACAUGUACACUGAGAUCUAUCUAACGCCUGAGAUGACGCCAGAGAACCCUCACUGGGUCGGGGCUUGGUGGAUUGGCUUUUUAGCAGGAGGAGCAGCCGCUCUGCUGAUAGCAUUCCCCAUCCUGGGCUACCCACGCCAACUACCAGGCUCUCAGGAGUAUGUGGCCAUGCGUGUGUCUGAGGCCCACCAGCUUAAGGAUGGAAGCCACACCACUGCCUCAGACCCUCAGUUUGGCAAAUCAGUUAAAGACAUGCCAAGAUCUGUGCUGCUUCUCUUAAAAAACCCCACCUUCCUGUUCCUGUGUUUGGCUGGGGCUACUGAGGCCACCCUCAUUGCUGGCAUGUCCACUUUUGGUCCAAAAUUCUUGGAAUCACAGUUCAGUCUCAGUGCAUCAGAGGCUGCCACAUGGUUUGGAUAUAUGGUGGUACCAGCAGGAGGUGGGGGCACCUUCUUGGGUGGCUACAUUGUAAAGAAGUUGAACCUGCGGUGUCGAGGUAUCAUCCGCUUCUGCAUGAUGUGUGCUAUGGUCAGUCUGCUCGCCAUCUUCAUCUUUGUCAUCCACUGCCCCAAUGUGCCCAUGGCUGGUGUCACAGUGCCUUACCAGUCUGGUCUGAAGACUAAACAGCAGCUGGACCUGUACAAAAACUUGAAUGACAGCCCAAGUAAACUGUACCUCAGAAACAGCUCUUCCUUAGAGGUGGGCUGUAAUGCAGGCUGUAGUUGUGUCAGAGAGCUCUACAACCCUGUGUGUGGGGCAGACGGUGUGAUGUAUUAUUCCCCUUGCCAUGCUGGCUGCACCUCCAUUAACCACACCCAACUCUCAACUGGCAAACAGGUGUACUCUGGAUGUAGCUGUGUGGUGGGUAAUGUGUCAUGGGGUGAGGAAGGCUUCGCUCUGGCAGGGAAGUGUGGCAGCUCCUGCCAUCACAUGCCAGCCUUCCUCUCCUUGCUCUUCAUCAUUAUCAGUUUCACCUUCCUUUGUAGCAUCCCAGCACUCACUGCCACACUCAGGUGUGUACCUGACAGUCAGAGAUCCUUCGGACUUGGCAUCCAGUGGAUUGUAGUGCGCACACUUGGUGGUAUUCCAGGACCCAUAGCCUUUGGCUCAGUGAUUGACCUAUCCUGCUUAAUGUGGCAGGAUAAGUGUGGCGAGCAGGGAUCCUGCUACCUCUAUCACAACUCAGCCAUGAGCCAGUACACACUAGUAGCUGGAAUCCUCUAUAAGGUUUUGGGGACCAUCUUUUUCCUGUUAGCCAGCAUCCUGUACCAGCCUCCCCCAGAGUCACCACAAAGCAGCUGCGAGAACACAGACCAUAGCAUGGAACACGUGAGCGACCUUCCUGUCAAAGAUCUCCCUGAGGACGGCUUUAUUGUCAACCUGCAUGCCAGGCUAUGAUGGCAGGGAUCAUCUUGUGUAUGUGUAUGUGACAAACACCCCAGAAUGCCUUCAUGCACACACAAAAAAACACCAUGACUUACAAUGGCACGUGAUGACGUCUAACAUGCUGCUAUCUUGACAGAAAACCCUGCUUUGAAAGCGUGGGUGUGAGUGUUUCGGAGCAGGGCCAAGCCACACAGGUUUUUAUGUACUUUUUUAUGUACUAAAAUUCUCCAGACCUCUAUAAUCAGUUCAAUUGACUCCUUACAGUGUGACGUUCAUGACGUUUGUGUUUCAUAAUUCAAUAAUCCUCAAGAACUAAUGAAACACCUCAGACCUUUGUGGUAUACGAAGCAUUUACAGUGUGAACAAAAAAAAGCAUUUAUACCUGUUGUCUGUUAUUUUCCACAUUACUGGAAGUAAAUUACAUAUUUUGACAAAGCAAUGGCAUGUUAUACUCCACGAGAUCCCACAGCCAGUAUUAAUAAAACCAAAUUAACUUCUUAUCACGUGUGUCAUUUUAAGCCAAAAGUCGUAAAAGGCUCAUACCUACACUUAUGCACACUUUUUAGACAUUCAAAAGGGAAAUAUUGCCUUAUUUUUCUCAUCAAUCUUCACUCAGUAUUCCACAUUAACAAAUGCACAACAGGUUUUUGAUGUUUUGAAAUGUAAGACUAUUUAGAACCUUAAUUCUGUACUUUAAUGAACUUCUUAAAGAUUAAAUAAAGCCUCCAGUCUUCUUAGGUAAAUCUCUACUGGUUUUGGAUACUUGGAUUUGGACAGUUAUUGGUAAAUCAUUUUAAGAUAUGUCACAGCAGAUAGAAAGAUCUGUGCAAUGCUAUCACCACAGUUAUCCACAGGUCUUGUCCUAAAGGGUUUCCAGCAUUGUGGUCUGCAUGUCAGUAACUAACCUUAGCUUCAUGACUUUGCUGAAAUUACUCUAUGCUUGAUUUUUUUCCCCUUCACUCCAUUAGCUACUGUACAAUAAACGGUAGAGUAAUAAAAUGCUGCUUCACUGGGCGUGUCCUCAGAGAUGCUUUAUCAUCCUCCAUCCUCACUUACAGUGAUCAUUGUCACCUUGCUGUCCAAGGCACUUUCUGUUUACUCUCUCAGUUUGAGUCUUUGGAAGAGUUUUGGUUGUUUUAAACUUUUUUCUAUUCACGGAAAUUAAGGCUACUGUGGUCAUGUUCAGAGUGCUAAAAAUAGUUUAAUGCCCUUGUCACCAGAGAGUUACAUACACUGAUGCCGGUCUCUGCCUUUCUAAAAUCUGUCAGGCAAAAUCAGUUGACUGGAGGCAGUUUAUUUACUCUUGGCUACAACUUAAGAGCAAAUAAAGGAAACAAGAUCAUCACAAUUUGAAGGGCCAUAGCAACAAUCCAAAUGCUCUUUUUAAGUGAUAUAUUCUAAUUACUGGUGGUAAAUUCUAAAACAACAUUAUGUCAGUGUAGGUUACUGAGGGUAACUUGAUGGUUAAUGCAACUUAAAUGUUCAGAUUUAUUGCAAAACACAAUAAAUUGUCUAAAAAGCUGAAGGUGCAGUAUACUAUCAGGAUAUUAUAUAUAUUAAUAGAACCACCCCAGUACAGCAGCACAAAUGUAUUUUCCAUUAGAAAAGCACAUGCAUAUCUGUAUAGUUACUUGGACAUGCAUAAAGAAGACUUGCACCAGUUAUGAUCUCAUAAUAAAGAUUAGUUUAAAAUAAAACAAGAAAGACAAAACUAGAAGAUGAAAUAGAGAGUUCUGUAUAGAGAUUAUUGCUCUGUUUGCCAGUUAAUGAAUAUUUUUUAAUGCUUCUUGUCCAUGGAAAUUGCUUGGCUGCCCAUUUAAAACAAAUGAAACUGUGUGUUAACGGCAGCAUUUAAAAUCUGUAACCUAUUCAGACAUGAUGAACUUUGCCACAAGAAUUUGUGCCAUGACCAACAAACCUUUGUCACAAAAACCUGUUGACUUGUCUCGGCACAAAAAGCACAAUUGAGUCAUUAAUAAUGGCUUAGUUCCAUCAUCCCUGUAAAACAUGAAAGCUAGAAACCUAAAUCAAAGGCAGUUAUUAGUUAUUAAAAUCCUUUGUUUUUACCGGCAAGUCUACUACAACUAUGCACAAUCAUUUGAAAGAAGAGUGGGGCGGGCAGUCGUCAAUGAAUCAUUAAAAGGAUACCAGUAAAUAUGAAGUUCUAUUUUUGAUGUAAAUGCCCAUCCCUGCUAAUAAUUUAAAGUUAAAUUUAAAUUUAAGUUAAAUUUAAAGUUUAAAGCAUAAAAGUCAUUAUUGUGAUCAUAUGAAGAUCAGGGCAGAGAAGAACCCUUUUCCCCACAGAUUUCUAGUCUUAUUUUUGCAACCACAUGAGUCACCCCCUGGUGAUAAUUAAAAAUAAUGCAGCUACAUCCACAUUGGAUGUACUUUUUUGACCUGUAAACUACAUUAAUCGUUAAUAUGUAGUCUGUGGAUCAAACUAUGUUUACAAUACUGACUUCUAAUACCAUAUAUACAUUUAGAAAUCAAAGCAUCUAAACUCAAAGCCAAACGUUCCAAUAAAGAGGUUCUGCAGAUUUACCUGAUUGAAGUGACUUUGGCAUCAUGAUUUUUUUAAGAUAUUUAAUAAAAAAAGAAUAUUUAAUUCUUAAAUAAUCACUGAGAUAAAUAAUAAUAAUGGAUUGGAUUUCAUAUAGCGCUUUUCAAGGCACCCAAAGCACUUUACAAUGCCACUAUUCAUUCAGUCUCACAUUCACACACUGGUGGAGGCAAGCUACUGUUGUAGCCACAGCUGCCCUGGGGCAGACUGACAGAGAAAUAUACACAUAGAUACUGAGUAUGCUAUUUUUUUUUUAUAUUCUUUAAAUUACUUAUCAAGUAAAAACAAGCCAGCUAGACAAUAACAGCUGGUUACAAGCUAACCUCAUGCUCGCUAAUGUUAGGCUCAAAUGUCUUAAAAAUCACACUUUCCAUCUGAUCAGCAGUUUGAUUACAAUUUCCUGCAAUCUACUGACAUCUAGUGGUGAUAUUUUUCACACUCGACCUUUAUGUAGAUGUAGAAAUUCACUGGUUGAGGAACUAGAACCACCCAUGUUCUGUGGAGACUCUUUACUCCCACAUUUGGCUGUUUUAAAUGCUGGUGUGACAGAACCUUUUACAGGGUAAGUUGAACACUGGGCUGUUGAGGGUGAUGCUCAAUUAGCACAACAUGCAAUAUUUAAAAAAAUGUCCUUGAUUUGAAUCUAAUGAUCACAAUACUGUCUGUAAAUGUGCCAAAGCAGCUUUGCAUAAAAACUCUUGUAUUUAAUUUUUAUUCACUGACAAUAAAUUCAUUAUUUAUUUAUAGUAUGUCAGCACUCAUAUUUUAAUUUUUGCAUUAAUUUUGCAAUGAAUAAUAAGAAUGCUGCCCUUUCUACACAAACAAACCCUUCUUUCUGUGUCUUUUCUCUGAUAGCAUUGUUGUUAUGUACUCUGCUGAUGUUGAGGAGUGUGGUUUUCAUGUAAAUGUAUAUAUGCAAUCCUCCUUGUUGUGCUCUUUAGUCAGUUCUCAAGCUUUGACAACUUUGUAAAUUUAUAUUGUCUUUUUUUUUCUUUUGGUACUGUUUUUUUUUCUUCUUUCUUUUAUAAUAAUCUUUUUAUGGACUGAUUCAAAGAUGUCAUUUUUUUUUCUAAUUACAAAAGAUGAACAGCUGAUUA